AUGCUCAUCCACCAGUUCAUCACCUUCGGGUUCACCUGCGUGCCUCUCUACUUCGUGUGGGAGAAGGUCGUGGGCGUGCACGACACCAAGAGCAUGUGCCUGCGGGCCCUGGCCAGGCUGCCCGUCGUCAUCCCCAUAUGGUUCAUCGCCAUCGUCUUCCCCUUUUUCGGGCCCAUAAACUCUGCUGUCGGGGCGCUUCUCGUUAGCUUCACGGUCUACAUCAUCCCCGCGCUCGCCCACAUGCUCACCUACCGGAACGCCUCUGCUCGUCAGAAUGCUGCGGAGAAGCCUCCCCUGUUCGUGCCGAGCUGGACGGGGAUGUAUGUCGUCAACAUGUUUGUGGUGUUGUGGGUGUUGGUCGUCGGGUUCGGGUUCAGAGGGUGGGCGAGCAUGACCAAUUUUAUUAGGCAAGUCGACACAUUUGGUCUUUUCGCCAAAUGCUAUCAGUGCCCACCCUCCAAACACCCGUGA